AGAAGUUCCAGCCCGGGAGUGAAGCGGAGUAAUGUCAGGGGUGUGAAGAUCCCGAGGGGAAGUGCUGAUGGUGGCGUUGUGUCUCCUCAGACAUGCAGUCCUGCAGCGUCCAUCACUGUGUCCUGUUCUUACUCACACUCACACUCACCACUGUACCUACACUAGCCUCCAAUUCUGUAAUAGUGAAACUGUAUCAGCCUGCUACGCUAAACUGUGAACGGAAUUGUUCUGGGGUUGGCAAAUGGGUCCCGUCUGACAACAGAUCUGUCACUCUGGCUGAGUGUAAUCAGACAUCCUGCUGGUCUGAGGAGGGAUACAAAAUGUUUUAUGAUCAGUACAUGGCUGGGUGUCUCUCUCUCACCAUUACUGCAGCUGAUUACAGUAAGAGAAACUGGUACACUUGUGAGUGCGACGACAAAGACGUCAAUCAACUGCGUCUCAUUAUCGAGACUUUGACAUCACCAGUUGAGUUAAACCCUGGUAAAGAUCUAGUGAUGGAUUUGCCCAUAGCAGAUCCAGUGGAGGUGGUUUAUAAAGCCAAAGAUUCAGCUGGUUUAUACGGUGAACAGAUCUGUACUGGGACUCAACACACACUACAGUGUAAAGCUGAAUACACACCCAGAACAUCACUCAGUCCCACAAACAUCACACUGAGAGACGUACAGCUGAAUGAUAGUGGAAGUUACACCAUCCGGGACACAGAGAAUAAUGAAGUCAUGCAUAUAUACACACUCUUUGUAAAAGAGGUCCAGGGGCAGCAGAGUCACCUGUUAGUAUGGCUUCUGGCAGUGCUGAUAUUGAUGGCAGUGGUGUGUAUCAUCGUAGUAGUGUGUUUCCUGGUGAAAAGGCGUACUAAGUGCCUGGAGCAGCAGGAGCAGCAGGAGCUGAAACAUGCAGAAAGUUUGGAGUACACAAAGAGUCUACAGAGUCUUUGGGACUGGCUAAAUGAAAAUAUGCACAUUCAUGAAAAGAGAACAGCUUAUACGUGGCAGCGGAGAGCAUACAGUGACACAGAUCUGGCACGAAUCCGGCAUAAGAAACGGUUGGAGAUGUUCAUUAAGCAGUACAGAGCUAGAGAAAUUCAUGUACAAGAAAGAAACAUGGAUACUAACUUCAGCAGUGAAAGUACAGGAUACGAGUUACCACCGAGGUCCUACAGUGACUCUUAUCAUGCCUACAUUCAACUUAAACCAGUUUUCCUAGAUGAAUAUUUUACAGAAACAAAGCCCAUCAGGAGCCAGCAGGAAGCGUGCGGUGAUAACGAUGUUGGAAAAGUGACCAUACAGGACAAAGCUGGAGCAGUGACGGUGAAUCAACGGAACAUAACAGCUAAAUGUCAGCCGCAUGUACAGUAG